AUGGCAACGCGAUUGCUGCUGCUCGGGACCUGGCUGGCACUUCUGUCUGGCCUGUGUACUGCCAGUUCGCGAGGAAAGGAAUUUGUCACCGUGUUCAUGCACAACACCUGGCCAAGCCAACCCGACCCUAAAUUUGAGCUGCUUAUCACCGGUUAUCAUCCUGCAACCACGGUCACCGUGACUGUGAACAAGUCCACCUUCCGCAAAACUAUUUCUGUCAAUCGGGGACAAACCAUGACAGUUGAGCUCCCAACCUCUGUCGAGAUGGAAGGGACAGACAUCCUAGAUAAGGCGGUGUUGGUCCAAGCAGACAAAGAUAUCUCCACCUUCUCUUUCAGCUCCAGGAGAGCCUCAAGUGGGGCCACCAUAGUGCAUCCCGUCCAACAUUUGGGCACACUGUAUUAUGUGAUAACCCCGGUGGGUGCAUUGACCAACACUUUCAAGGAAUUCACAGUUGUUACUUAUCAAGCUCCUGCUAGAGUAGAUAUUCACUUAAAGGGGGCUGUGGUAUUCAGAGGAAAGGUUUAUUCUGCUGGAAGCAACCUUGUUACCAACCUCCAGGCCUUCCAAGCAAUCCAGCUGCAAAGCUCGGUUGACCUGUCCGGUACCAGGGUCGAAUCCACAGAACCCGUGGCAGUCUUGAGCGGGCACAGCUGUGCUGUCCAAAACACAGGCUGCGACCACGUUGUCGAGCAGCUACUGCCCGUUCCGAGCUGGGGGACUGCGUUCAUAGUCCCCCCGCUGUCCUUCCAAAACAGAUUCGACAUCACCUAUGUCGUUGCUUCCCAAAAAACCUGCAUCAAAUACCAUUCUGGGGCCACAGAAACCACCCGUAAUGUGAUUGCCGGACAGGUUAUCCAGUUGGAAGUGCACCCCUCUCGGCCACUUUACAUCACUGCCGAUGUUGGAAUCCAGGUUCUGUUCUUCUUCACUGGUGCCGCAGUAGCAAACGGAGCCUACGACCCAUUCCUCAUUAAUAUUCCAGCUGUAACAAGCUACUGCAGGUUGUAUCACAUUGAUGGGAUGAAGACCUUUGAUAAUUACGCCGUCAUCAUAGCCAAAACCUCAGAAUCCAAUGGGAUCACAUUAGAUAAGAGAGCCAUUGCAAACAUCCAGUGGAAGCCAAUCCCCGGCACACAAUAUUCUUGGGCUCAAUCCAGCCUGGGCACCGAAACUAAAGCCUCUCUCCUAGAGCAUGCCAGCACUCCUUUUGGGCUCCUCAUUGCUGGAGGUUCACGCUAUAAUGGUUAUGGCUCUGUGGCCCUUUGUGCCUGUGGCAAACCACUACCCAGCUGCAGUUCAAUCCAAUGCAGAAAAGAGGAGAAAUGUGAGAUUAUCGAUGGAAAGCCAGUCUGUGUGCCAAAGUCUGAAUCAACCUGCUGGGCACAGGGAGACCCUCACUAUCACACCUUUGAUGGGAAGAACUUUGACUUCAUGGGCACCUGUACCUACACCAUUGCCAAGACUUGUGGGUCAGACACUUCUCUUCCUUCCUUCAGUGUUGAGGCCAAGAAUGAGAACAGGGGCAAUACUCGUGUUUCCUAUGUUGGUUAUGUGGCCGUCGAGGUCUACAACAACACCAUUUUGGUUUCCAGAAAUGAAAUUGGAUUUGUUAAGGUGAAUAACCAGCGUUCUCGGCUGCCCAUCUCCUUGCAUGAUGGGAAACUGCGCAUCUAUCAGAGUGGGAAUUCUGUCAUUAUUCAGACAGACUUCUCCUUGAGGGUCUCUUAUGACUGGAACAGCUACCUGGUGGUGAAGAUCUCCAGCAGCUUUUCAGAGAGUAUAUGCGGCCUGUGUGGUAACUACAAUGGAAAUCCGAAUGAUGACUUCCAGACCCCUAAUGGGGUCUUGGUUCCAACCCCUGUAGAGUUUGGGCGAAGCUGGAAGGUGGAGGAUGGGGACAGGUUCUGCUGGGAUGACUGCCAUGGGGAAUGCAAAAGCUGCCCACCACAGACGGCCAACAAGUACAAAGCUGAGCCAUUUUGUGGCUGGAUCAGCAAAGGAACAGGGGGGCCCUUCGUCCAGUGCCAUUCUGUCGUCGACCCCAGUAUCUUUCUGGACAACUGUGUCUACGACCUUUGCUUGAAUGAUGGCUUCAAGGAUGUUCUAUGUGAAGCACUAAAGAACUAUGCAGACACCUGCCAAAAAGCAGGAGUGACCAUCUCUGACUGGAGGACACCCACUGGUUGCUCUUUGCCCUGCCCUGCAAACAGCCAAUAUAAGGCUUGUGGGUCCGCAUGUCCCGCCACCUGCAACGACCAAGCUGCUCCCACCAACUGUUCCUCGUUGCCUUGCGUGGAGACCUGCCAGUGCAACGAGGGCUUCGUGUUGGACGCCGGGAAAUGCAUCUCCCAGUCUGCCUGUGGCUGUGUUUUUGAGGGGAAACUCUUCGCCCCCAAUGAGCAGUUCUGGGGAGACGGCACCUGCACCCGACGUUGUGUCUGUGACCCUCAGUCCAGACAAGUGAUCUGCCAGGUGUCCAACUGCCGGAGCGGAGAGCAAUGCCAGGUGGAGAAUGGCAUCCAGAACUGCUACCCUACCAGUUAUGCCACCUGCUCAGCUUCAGGGGACCCUCACUACAUCAGCUUUGAUGGCCUAAGGUUUGACUUCCAGGGCACCUGCGUCUAUCAGUUCACCGGGCUUUGUGAGAACAGACAGGACCUGGUGAACUUCCAGGUGGUUGUCCAAAACGACCACCGAGGUAGCCAAUCGGUGUCCUUCACCCGCGUUGUGGAGAUCAGUGUUUACGACACAGUGAUAGUGAUCAGCAGAGAAAACCCUGCCAAAGUCAUGGUGAAUGGCUUGCUGACCAACCUGCCUUACAGUACAGACAACAACAAGAUUUCCCUGUACAGGAGAGGGCAAGACGCUGUAGUCCAGACUGACUUCCAGCUGACUGUCACCUUUGACUGGCAAAGCCGGGUCACCGUGACUGUGCCCAGCACCUACGCAGGAGCCCUUUGCGGUCUCUGCGGGAACUUCAACAGCAACAAACAAGAUGAAAUGACCAUGAAAGAUGGUGGAGUGGCCCCAACCCCGUUGGCAUUUGGUCAAAGCUGGAAAGUUCGGGAGGUUCAAGGGUGCACGGAGGAUGAUAAAGGAGAGUGCUCUAAUCUGCCCGCCACGGAGAGACAGCAACGGGGACUCCGCAAGGAGUGUGGGCUCAUCCUGGAUGAGAACGGCCCUUUCCGAGAGUGUCACAGCAAAGUUGAUCCUGAGGGGUACUUCCACGACUGCGUGUAUGAUUACUGCUUCUUUGACGGCCAGCAAACUGUGAUCUGCCAGGACAUUGCCAGCUACGCAGCGGCCUGCCAAGAAGCGGGGGCGACCAUCCACGCCUGGAGAUCCGAGAGCUUCUGCAGUCUUCCUUGCGCUCAAAACAGUCACUACGAGCUCUGUGCCAGGGGUUGUGACCAGACCUGUGGAAGCCUGUAUACCCCAGUCCCUUGUCCGGAGAAGUGCCAGGAGAGCUGCGUGUGUGAUGAGAACUUUGUGCGGAGUGGCGACCAGUGUGUCCCUAUGUCCCAGUGUGGAUGCCGCCAUCAAGGCCAUUACUACUUGGCAGGAGAGACUUUCUACCCAACGUGCCAAGAACGUUGCGUGUGCCAAACUGGUGGGACUGUGAAGUGUCAAGCAUUCUCCUGUGGACCUUAUGAGGAAUGCAGAUUGUCGGGCGGGAUCCUGAAAUGCCACCCCAUCAGCAGCGCUACCUGUUCUGCUUCUGGUGACCCCCACUACGUCUCCUUCGAUGGAUUCCGCUUCGACUUCCAGGGCACCUGCACAUACACCCUGGCGAAGGCCAACAAAGCCGAUACCACACUGAUACCCUUUACUAUAAAUGUGGAGCACGAGGCCUGGGGGAACGGCAAGGUUUCAGUGACCAAGAUGGUCUCUGUCGAGGUCUAUAACAUCACACUCACCUUACUUCAGAACAAGAAAGGACAAGUGCAGGUGAAUGGUGUGUUCCAGCCUCUCCCAGUGACCCUUUCUGGUGGACAACUCCGAGCCUAUCAGCACGGCACCAAAGUUGUGAUCCACACUGACUUUGCCCUCCUCGUGAGCUACGACCUGCUUUACAAUGUCAGAGUCACGGUCCCGGGGACUUACCAGGGCCAAGUAAGUGGCCUGUGUGGGAACUACAAUGGGAGAAAAGAGGACGAUUUCCUGCUUCCUGACGGCCAGGUGGUGUCUGAUGCAGCUGUAUUUGGUGCGGCCUGGAAAGUGUCCGUCCCUGGGGCAAGCGAAGCCUGCUCAGAUGGAUGCUCUGGAAACAACUGUCCGGUCUGUGAGGAGAGGAAGAAGGACAUCUUCAAACAACGCAACUACUGUGGCCUCCUCACUGCUGUGGAUGGUCCCUUUACAGCUUGCCACAACAAAGUAAACCCUAGCGUCUACUUCAGUAACUGCAUCUAUGAUCUUUGCAUGGGCAAUGGAGACAGCAAAAUCUUAUGCAAGAGUAUUGAGAGUUAUGUAUCUGCUUGCCAAGAGGCUGGGGUCUCCGUCCAGCCCUGGAGGACUCGUUCCUUCUGCCCUCUCAGCUGCCCAGUCAACAGCCACUACGAGAUUUGUGCCAACCUCUGCGUUACCACUUGUGCCAAGAUCACUGACCCGGGAACAUGUCCAGAAACCUGUGCUGAGGGCUGCCAGUGCGACAAUGGCUUCUUCUUUGACGGCCUCAAUUGCGUUACUGCAGAACACUGUGGGUGCUUCGAGAACGGACGCUACUACAAGCCCAAUGAGAAAGUUCUGCUGAGUGAGUGCGGUCAAAGCUGUACCUGCAUUCCAGGCCAAGGGGUGAUCUGUGAAGCCCACAGCUGUGCCGAUGAUGAGACCUGUAAGAUUCAAGAUGGAGUCAUGAGUUGCAUUAAUAAUGAUCCUUGUAAAGCCUUGAAAUGUCGACUCAAAGAAACAUGCAAAGUGGAGAACCAGCAGGCCACGUGCAUCCCUGAGUUCACAGCAAGCUGCUGGGGCUGGGGAGACCCACACUACCAUACCUUCGACGGGCUGGACUUUGAUUUCCAGGGCACCUGCACUUACAUCAUUGCCAAGUACUGUGGAAAUGACUCUACCCUGGUACCUUUCUCAGUAGAAGAGAAAAACGACAACAGGGGAAACCAGGCGGUGUCCUACGUGCGGCUGGUCAACAUCUAUGUCUACGGGUACAAGAUCUCCAUCUACAAACAGGAGACUGGGAGAAUCCGGGUAAAUGAUGAAAUCACCAGCCUGCCUGUGACUUUGGAAAAUGGCAUGAUCAGGAUUCACUCGAGUGGCCUCAGCGCGAUCUUGCAAACCAAUUUUGGCCUCCAAGUUACCUACGACUGGAAUUGGCAUCUGACCCUAAGUGUCCCCAGCAGCUAUUAUGGGUCCAUGUGCGGGCUGUGUGGAAACCUCAACCAAAAUCCAGCCGAUGACAGGGUCUAUCUCAAUGGCACCAUGGCCUCCUCCAUCAUCAGCUGGGCGAGCAGCUGGAAAGUCCGGGACAGGGAUCCCUUCUGCUGGGACUUCUGCCGAGGGAAUUGCCCAACGUGCGAUGAGAGCAAAAGGGUAGUGUACGGAGGUCAACAGUACUGUGGGGUGAUCAGCCAAAGCACCAGAGGACCCUUUAGAGAGUGUCACGCCAAAGUAGACCCGGAUGACUUCUUUGAUAGUUGCAUUUAUGACGUGUGCCUAAAUGGGGGCGCCAAGAACAUCCUCUGCCAGGCACUGGAGGCCUACGCUACUACCUGUAAGAAGGCAGGCGCUACUGUGUAUGAUUGGAGGACACCCUCUGGCUGUGCCUUGCCCUGCACCGAGAACAGCCACUAUGAAGCCUGUGGAAAUGCCUGUCCGGCCAGCUGUUCUGACCGCACUGCCCCCUCCUCCUGCAAGGAGCCGUGCUUGGAAACCUGCCAGUGCAACGAGGGCUUUGUCCUCAGCAUUGACAAGUGUGUCCCCAUCGGGAGCUGUGGCUGCACAUACAACGGAUUCUACUACCGGCCUGGGGAGGAAUUCUGGGCCGAUGAGCACUGUGGCUCUCGCUGCAGGUGCGAUCCCACCCUGGGCAUUGUGGUGUGCAGUCCAGCUGCUUGCAAAGCCAACGAAAGGUGCACCGUGGUCAACGGGGUCCGGGGCUGUAACCCCAUCAGCUUUGCUACCUGCUCAGCAUCCGGAGACCCUCACUACACCACAUUCGAUGGGAAGAGGUAUGAUUUCAUGGGCACCUGUGUCUACCAGCUGGCUGGAUUGUGUUCCAGUGACCCAACCCUCGAAGCUUUCAGCAUCACAGUGCAGAACAACAACCGAGGCAACACAAAAGUAUCCUACACCAAAGUGGUGACGUUGGAGGUCUACAAUACAACCAUUGUGCUGAGCCAGGAGUACCCACAGAGAAUCCAGGUCAAUGGAGUCUUUGUGAACCUGCCUUUCUACCAGGAAGGCAAGCUAAAGGCCUACAUCAGUGGGGCCCAUGCCUUCGUCAAGACCAACUUUGACCUGACGGUCACCUUUGACUGGAACAGCUACGUCCAGGUCAUUGUGCCCAAUACCUAUGCCAAUGCUAGUUGUGGCCUCUGUGGCAACAACAACUUGAACCCCAAUGAUGAUUUGGCCAUGAAGAAUGGGAACCAAGCAACCAGCAUUUCCCAGUUUGCAGAGAGCUGGAAGGUGGCUGAAGUCCCCGGCUGCUCAGUGGGAUGCACUGGGGGUGAUUGCCCGGCAUGUGAGGAGGCGGAGAAACAGACUUACAAAGAUGACCAGCAUUGCGGGAUCCUCACCAAAAACGAUGGGCCAUUCAGGCGAUGCCAUGGGACCAUUGAUCCGGUGUCCUACUUUAACGAUUGCGUCUUUGACUCCUGUCAGUACCACGGACAACAUAGUACUCUGUGCAAUGCCAUCAGUACCUACAUGGCAGCCUGCCAAGCCCUGGGCAUCCAGAUUGACCAAUGGAGAUCAGACACCUUCUGCAGUCUCAGAUGCUCACGUGACUCUCACUACGAACUCUGUGGAAAUGGCUGCCCUGCCACCUGCCUCGGUCUCUCAGCUCCAGAGGGGUGUGAAGCAUCUUGCAAAGAAGGAUGCUAUUGCAACGCUGGGUUUGUCCUGAGCGCAGACCAAUGUGUUCCUAUCGGGAACUGCGGCUGUGUGCACCAAGGCCAGUACUACAAGAAGGAAGAGGAGUUCUACCCCACCGCCUCCUGUCAGGUGCGAUGUCGCUGUGCAAACAGCGGAGCCGUUGAAUGCCGGAACGUCUCCUGUGGGGCCCACGAAGAAUGUAAGGUGGAGAAUGGCAUCCGGGGCUGCCAUCCCGUGGGCUGUGGCCAAUGCAGCUUGACCGGUGGCUCCCACUACCUGACUUUUGAUGGGCGAACCUACGACUACCAAGGCGCCUGCACUUACACUUUAGCUGAAGUCCUCAGAAGGGAUUCUCAGCUGGCAAACUUCUCUGUGUCGGUGGAGAACAAGCGUUCUGAUGAUGGGCGUAUCACUUUGUCCAAGGCAGUUGUGGUGUUCUUGCAUGGGUACACCAUUGUACUCGAGAGGGGAAAGAAGUGGCAGGCCAAGAUAGAUGGAGAGAUCUAUACCCUACCAUUGAGAAAAGAUGAUGGGAAAUUCUGGAUCAAUCAAGAAGGGAACAAUAUCAUUGUGCAUUCUGACUUUGGCCUCAAAGUCCUUUACGAUACCUCCUCUUACAUCUUAAUUUCGGUGCCCAGCAACUAUCAAGGACACGUGAACGGCCUCUGCGGCAACUUCAAUAGAGACAAGACCGAUGACUUCCAUCUGCCUGACGGAAAAAGCACCCAAAACGUGGAGGAGUUCGGGGCCUCUUGGAAGGUCCCCAUCGAUGGUGUUGAGUGCUCAGACGGCUGCGGCGAGAAAUGUCCCGUCUGUGACUCCACCAAGACAGCACCAUACCGACCGGAAAAUUCCUGCGGAUUGAUCCAAGCUGUAUCGGGCCCGUUCAAAAAGUGUCACUCCUUGGUGGCCCCGGCAGAAUAUUUCAACCGGUGUCUGUAUGACAUGUGUGCAGCCAAUGGGGCCGGGCAGUCCCUCUGCCAAAGCCUUGAGGCAUACGCAACUGCAUGCCAAAUAGCCGGGGCUAAACUCGGAGCCUGGCGAACAAACAGCUUCUGUUCUCUCACCUGCCCACCCAACAGCCACUACGAAUUGUGUACCAGGACCUGCGAUUUCACCUGCACCAGCUUGUCCACUCCAGUGCAGUGCGCAAAGAAAUGCUUUGAGGGCUGUCAGUGUGAAAGCGGCUACCUCUUCGACGGUGAUGCGUGCGUAGCGAUCAAGAACUGUGGCUGUGUGCACGACGGGCGAUACAUCAAGGUUGGAGACAGCGUCAUCUUAGACGGCUGCUCAGAAAAAUGUACCUGUGGUGCUUCAGGUCAGCUGGUCUGCGAGGAAACCAGCUGUCAGGCAGGAGAGAUAUGCACUGUCCAUAAUGGUGUGCGUGGCUGCAUAGGGCAAAAAGGGGAGUGCACGCUCACCCCUGGCGCACGGCUGACCUCUUUCGAUGGUGCCUCUGGAGAAAUACAGCACACGGGAGUUUACGAGGUGGCCUCCCAUUGCAACGAGAGCGACCCUUUUUGGUUCAGAGUCGUAGCUGUUGUCCAGGAAUGCGGCAGCUGGGAUGUGGAUGCUGUAUCGACAGUCCAUGUAUUCUUCCAAGGGUUUUUCAUCACUCUGAAAAAGGAUAAGGAGACAUGGGUCAACGGGCAUCGAGUACAGCUCCCAGUGGCCUCUGACGACGUGACCGUGAGCCUCUCCCAGGAUGGGGUUUUGAUUGAUUUGGCCUCUGAAGUUCGCAUUCUCCUCAGGCCUUGUGGGGAAGUGACAUUGAAAGUCAGUGAUCGCUUGGAGGGAAAACUAUGCGCCUCCUGUGGGAACUUCAAUGGGAAUCGUGUGGAUGACCUGCAGCUGCCCAGUGGGAAAGUCGCAGGAAGCAUUUCUGAUGUCAUCGAUGCCUGGAAGGCCAAGGAAUUCUCUGGCUGUGAUUCCUAA